AUGGGGCUCGAUGAACUCGACCAGAAGGUAUUAAGUGAUUUAAAAAGGAAGCGAGGUGUAAUUAAGGCUUCACUAACACGAAUUCGCACAUUUUUGAAUAAAUUCAAUGUAAGGGAAGAUUCCAUUACUUUGCUUGAAUUUAGACAAGAAGAACUGCCGACAAUUAAUCGUAAAUUCGACGAUAUUCAGGUUCAAAUUGAGCUGCUUGAUAUUGAAAAUCUAGAAGGAAAUGAAUCUGAAAGAGAAGACUUUGAAAAUAAUUACUUUGCGAUUAGAUCGGAAAUGCAAGAUUUAAUCAACGCAGAAAAAAGUCACAAUUCGUCCAUUCAAAAUAAUUCAACAAAUACAAUAUCUGUUCAUAGAGCUCGGCUGGCACCAAUAUCUUUGCCCAAAUUUGAUGCUCAGAAAUUUGCAUAUUUAAGAUCCUCACUUUCUGGUGCUGCAUUGGAUGUGAUUAAGGCAAUUCCAAUCACUGAAAACAAUUAUCUUAUAGCAAUAAAAAGGUUACAACAACGAUACGAACACAGGAGUAUGGUAAUACAAUCUCACAUUCGUGCAAUAUUGGAUUCUCCUCAAGUAGAGUCCGCAGUUGCAAAUCAGCUACAGGCAUUACAUUCGAAUAUUGUUUCACAUGUAGCAGCACUUGAAGCACUAGGACAACCAGUAAAUAUGUGGGAUGCAUGGUUAGUAACAGUUUUGCUUAGAAAAGUUGACCAUGGAACAUGUCACGAAUGGCAACUGCGUCGUAAGGACAAUGAGCUACCAAAGUAUAAGGAAUUGGAGGAGUUUCUGGCAAGCCGUUGUAUAGCUUUUGAAAAUUCAGAAACAUGGGACAGUAGUAAUACGGGAACCAAGAAGAAGUGGAUCAAUACCGGAAAAAGAAUUACUUUAGCUGCCACGGAACAGAAGAGGAUGUUAGCGUCUGAACAAGAUAAGCGCGAAAGCUGUGGUCAUUGCUCAGGAACACAUAGACUUUAUUAUUGUGAAUCAUUCAAAAAACUUUCCGUUUCCGAUAGGGUGAAUGUUGUCCGUCAUGCAAGACUAUGCUUCAACUGUUUUUCACCAGCUCAUAUGGCAGAUAAAUCAACUAAUUCCGAAUCAGAAAGCGUACAAAAUGAUCCGUUGGUAGAAAUUAAUGGCGAUUCAAGGAUAUCAAUUCCUGCCAAGGUGACUAAUGGGCACGUAUUUUUGUCAACAGCUAUAGUAUGGGUAACGGAUGAUCACGGUAAUAAUGUUAAGUGUCGCACCAUCUUGGAUACCGGAUCACAAGUUAAUUUCAUUUCGAAAAAAUUGUUAAACACACUUAAGUUGAGCUCUAAAAGGGUCAAACUACCAGUUAGAGGAAUAGGUGCAAGUAGUAUACAAUCAGCAGCAGCAGUUGAGGUUAAAGUAAAGUCUAGAGUAAAAUUAUUUGAUACAACUCCAACAGAAGGUUGGCAAAUUCCAAAUAAGUAUGUGAACGAAUUAGCGGACCCCACAGUUUUUGAAUCUGGUGCGAUCGACCUGUUAAUAGGUGGUGGUGUUUUUUAUGACUUGUUAGAAAGCGAACGAGUUCGUUUGAGUAACAGCUAUUUGUGUUUGCAAGACACUAAGUUCGGUUGGUUAGUCACUGGUGAAUGUAGUACCCAUUGCUUGCUAUCUACCUGUUCUAUCGGUCAAGAGAUUGAAGAAGACUGGACAGCUUUACGUAAAUAUGAAGAUGAAGUCUACGGAAGUUUAUCUAAAAACAACAAGAAAAGUAUAGAAGCACAGGAAGCAAUGGAACAUUUCUUAGCGACGGCUAAACGCAACGAGGAAGGUCGCUUUGUACUUCGAUUGCCCGUCAAGUCAGAACCAAUAUGCUUGGGAAACAGUUUAAACAUAGAAAGAUCCAGAUUUUUAAACGUCGAAAGAAGAUUACAACGUGACGAAAAUUUGCGUUUGGAGUAUGUGAAAUUUAUGGAAGAAUAUUUAAGAAUGGGUCAUAUGCGUGAAGUUAAUGAAAGGGAAAUACCACUUAGAUCUUGCUACCUACCACACCACGCAGUAGCAAAGACGUCAAGUAUCACUACAAAGGUGCGAGUGGUAUUUGAUGCAUCAGCUAAAAGCUCAAAUGGACAUUCACUCAAUGACGUACUACUUUGCGGUCCUACCAUACAAGACGAUGUGUUUACCUUUUUGUGUCGUUUCCGAAAACAUAUGUUUGUAAUAACCGCAGACGUCGAAAAAAUGUAUCAGCAGGUAAAGGUAGCAGAAGAGGACUGUGAUCUACAGAGAAUAGUCUGGAGGCCAUCACCUAACGAAGAAAUGCGUACGUAUCGUUUGAUGACUGUGACAUAUGGAACAGCCUCAGCAUCAUUUAUGGCAACCCAAUGUUUAGCGUCGUUGGCCGAAGAACAUGAAAAAACAAAUCCCAGAGCCUCCAAGGCUAUUAAAGGUGACUUUUACAUGGAUGAUCUGAUGUCUGGAAGUGAUCAAGAGGAAGACUGUUUAGAAUUGCAUCGCGAAAUAGUUUCUAUAAUGGAUUCCGCUAAAUUCCCUCUACGAAAGUGGUGUUCGAAUUCCGCAUUUUUACGUGAUAAAAUUAAUAAUAGUAACAAAGAACCACUAUUCGCAUUAAAAAUCGGUGAUGAAGACACUAUAAAAUCUCUUGGGUUAUAUUGGAAACCAGUUAUGGACGAAUUUCAAUUUAACGUAUCAGCUAGUUUAAGGCGGAACAAGUUGACUAAGCGUGCGAUCCUGUCCGACUUAAAUCGUGUCUUCGACCCAUUAGGACUAUUGACUCCUAUUUUAGUUAAAGGGAAAAUAUUUCUACAACAAUUAUGGCAAAUAAAGGCCGAUUGGGAUAGUAUAUUAUCAAAGGAACUACAAGGCAAGUGGUUCAACUUUUACGAUGAAUUGAAGGAAGUUCAAUCCAUACACAUUCCUAGAGGAGUACUGACAGCAAAAAAGAAAGAUUUUGAAGUCCAUGGAUUUUGUGACGCUUCCCAAGAGGCGUAUGGUGCUUGUGUUUACGUUCGCUCAGUUGGACAGAAUGGUGUUUGGAAUGCACAGCUGUUGUGUUCAAAGAGUCGCGUAGCACCUCUGAAGGGCGCAACCAUUCCAAGAUUAGAGUUGAGCGGAGCGUUGUGUUUAGCGGAGUUGAUUCAGAAAGUUUCCGAAUCUUGGGGUAUCGAUUGUCGGUCAUGUAGACUGUGGACAGACUCUAUGGUGGUUUUAGGAUGGAUAAAUGCUCAAUCUAGUUGCUUGAAGACGUAUGUGUCUAAUAGAGUAAAUCAAAUUCUAGAAUUAACGGAUGCUAAACAAUGGAAUUACGUGAAUACAAGGGAUAAUCCAGCGGACGCUAUAUCACGAGGGAUUAGUGCACGAGCUUUAAUUACAUCGACACUAUGGUGGCAGGGUCCGAGCUGGUUAAGGAUGGAAGAAAGUGCAUGGGUUCCACGCUUGCAACAAGUAUUGAAGGAACAAGAUCUACCGGAAAGAAGAGGCUUAAAGUUAGCGCUGAUUGUAAGUAAGAACACGCACGCGAUCAUACAGCAUUACUCUGAUUGGAAUAAAUUAAAGCGAGGAGUCGCCUGGCUGUUACGCUUUAUGGAUUAUGUGAAGGAUCGAAAUUCUACAUCGCAGUUGCCGUACCAUUCUGUGAGUGAGCUAAGGCGCGCUGAAAGGUGGAUAUUACAAAGAGUUCAAAGUGAAAUGUUUUGUACUGAAGUACACGCCCUCAUAGAAGGCAAGGAAAUACCCGUGCGAAGUAAGUUAAGAAGCUUAAAUCCUUUUAUGAAGAAUGGAUUGAUUGUGGUUGGUGGUCGGUUGAAUAAUGCCGAGGCUCCUGAGACAUACAAGCAUCCGAUGGUGUUACCAGCUGAGCACAAGGUCACGAAGUUAAUCUUUAGACAGAAGCAUGCAGAGCAGUUACAUUGCGGGCCACAAGUGUUGUUGGCUGAAGUUCGGAGACAGUACUGGCCGUUGCGAGGGCGAGCGAGUGCUCGUUCUAGUGUAUUAAAAUGUGUAAAGUGCGUGCGUGCAAGACCACGUUUCACAGAGCCAUUCAUGGCUCCCUUGCCGAAACAAAGAGUUCAAGGCACAUAUCCAUUUGCUGUUACUGGAGUCGAUUUCGCAGGACCAUUAAUAAUUCGUAGUGGUGCUCGCAGAGUAGUGGGAAUUAAGCGGUAG